CCCCCCCUCCCGUGUAUGGAAUGGUUCCUCCCCCCCGCGGGGCUCGGUGGUAGACGCCGGCCCGCUUCCCCCGGCUGAGGCGGCGCGAUGGCGGCGCGUGGUUCAAGCAUCCUCUUGGCAUUAAUACUUGUUACCAUCGUCAGUGCCCUGACUCCUAGCCACUAUCUCACAAGCCGUGAUGUUGAAAGACUGAAAGCUUCUUUGGAGCGUCCGUUCAUAAAUUUAGAAACUGCUUUCUACUCCAUUGUAGGACUUAGCAAGCUGGGGGUGCGCAUGUCUGAUGAGCGGGCCACAUGUGAUUUCAUCAAGUCUAAUAUAGACCCCAACAGUGUUGAUUCCCUUUUCUAUGCUGCACAAGCCAGUCAGGCUCUGUCUGGGUGUGAGGUUGCCAUUUCAAAUGAGACCAGAGAGCUGCUGCUUGCAGCUGUCAGCGAGGAUUCAUCAGUCACUCAGAUCUUCCAUGCUGUAGGAGCCCUGAGUGGGUUUGGGCUGCCUCUAGCUUCCCAGGAAGCACUUAGUGCCUUGACUUCUCGUCUUAGCAAGGAGGAGAACGUUUUGGCAACUAUUCAGGCUUUGGAGACAGCAUCAUACUUGUCCCAGCAGGCAGACUUGAGUAGCAUUGUGGAGGAGAUAGAGGACCUUGUUGCUCGUUUGGAUGACUUGGGUGGAAUAUAUCUACAAUUUGAAGAAGGACUUGAGACUACUGCAUUAUUUAUUGCUGCUACCUAUAAACUGUCAGAUCAUGUGGGUACAGAGCCAGCAAUGAAGGAAGAUCAGAUCAUCCAGCUGAUGAAUGCAAUUUUUAGCAAGAAAAACUUUGAGACACUCUCUGAAGCCUUCAGUGUGGCUUAUGCUGCAGGCUCUUUAUCACAGAACCGCUACCACUUGCCUGUCAUUGUGGUCCCAGAUGGACCUGCAGCUGUUUCCCAUCAUCAGCCCAUACUCAGGCUACAAGUGACCAAUGUUAUGUCCCAGCCACUGACUCAAGCUACUGUAACACUGGACUACGCCAAGUCUGCAUCUGCCAAAGCCACUGUUCUUCACCAGACUGCAUUUGCCCUAUCAGGUGAUAUCUUUGAGUUGAACUUCAUGAAUGUCAAACCUGCCAGUGGAUAUUAUGAUUUCUCUGUCAGUGUUGAUGGCGACAGUCGAUUUAUUGCAAACAAAGUUGAGCUGAAAGUAAAGGUCUCCACUGAAGUUGGUAUUACAAACGUGGAUCUUUCUACUGUGGAUAAGGAUCAGAGCAUUGCACCAAAAACAACAAGGGUAGCUUACCCAGCUAAAGCCAAAGGAUCAUUCACAGCUGACAGUCAUCAGAACUUUGCCCUGUCCUUCCAGUUGCUAGACAUGAAUAGUGGAGCUGAACUUAUCCCUCACCAGACAUUUGUCCGACUCCACAAUCAGAAGACUGGGCAGGAGGUGGUGUUUGUUGCAGAACCUGACAACAAGAAUGUGUACAAGUUUGAGCUGGACACCUCUGAGAGAAAAACAGAGUUUGACUCUGCUUCUGGCACCUAUACGCUUUACUUGAUAAUUGGAGAUGCCACUCUGGAAAAUCCAAUCCUGUGGAAUGUGGCAGAUGUUGUGAUCAAAUUCCCAGAGGAGGAUGCUCCAUCCACAGUCCAAUCAAAGAACCUUUUUGUUCCUAAGCCAGAAAUCCAGCACCUGUUCAGAGAACCUGAGAAGAGACCUCCCACAGUGGUGUCCAACACAUUCACAGCCUUGAUUCUCUCACCACUUCUUUUGCUGCUCAUUCUGUGGAUUAAGAUUGGUGCCAACAUAUCAAACUUCAGCUUUGCUCCCAGUACCAUUAUCUUUCACCUGGGUCAUGCUGCCAUGUUGGGACUUAUGUAUGUCUACUGGACUCAGCUCAACAUGUUCCAGACCCUAAAGUACCUGGCCAUCCUAGGUGGUCUCACGUUCCUGGCAGGAAACAGAAUGCUAGCUCAGAAAGCAGUUAAGAGGAUCGCUGCAGAACAGAGCAGUAGGUUGGCAAAGUAUAGAACACUGCGGUAAAAGGGGGUUUUACUAGUGACCAGCCCUUCCUAGAAAACACACUAGUAUCAGAAGAAUGGAGGAAAUUUAAAAAAGCAAACGAACUCCACAGGAAAGAGGCCAACAGACAAUUAGGAGGCCAGAAAUGCAAGGUGGAAAAGAUUUUUCUUUUUGUUGGUAAUAAGUUCAAGAGGAUCACAAAUACAUUUCUUUACCUCGUUUUCCACAUUUGUGUUCCAUGGCUGUUCUGAGUACAUUUCAAAUUAAGCUGUCAAAGGCUGUCUCUUCUUCCCCCUAUCCCAGGUGUGUAGUUGGAUUCUGUUUGUUAAAAAAUGUAAGUCUGACAUGCCUGUGCUUGUGGAAUAAAGAGGACAAGAGGAAAGAAUA